AUGACCCCAACACCACUCCCCCAAGGCCUGUCCAUUUUGGAUAGGGACCUAGACCCAGCCCCAGCAGACCUUUAUUACGAAAGACCCAGCCCACCCGCGAGCCGCACCCAGCAGCUCCGCCGUCUAACUUCGGGCUCCGGGAGCCGGGAGGGGCGGGGGAACAGGAGAAGGGCCCGGCGGGUCGAUCCGCGCCAUCGGCACUCCGUCUCCCCGCCCGCCCGCCUGCAUCGAUGUGCUCGGCAUCUCGGCUGCCUCCGCCUGGUGGGCUCGAGGCCGCGGCGACGGCGGCGUGGGAGGAGGCGCGUCUACGCUGCGGCUCCGGCUACGGGGGGCCGCAUUCUCGGCCCAGGAGGUGGCCCUGGGCCCCAGAGCCAGCUUAUAAAAAUGGGACGUCGUUCUUCAGAUACUGAAGAAGAGAGUAGAAGUAAGAGGAAAAAAAAACAUCGGAGACGGUCCUCUUCAAGCAGUUCUUCAGAGAGCAGAACCUUCAGCCACAAGAGAACAGGGAGGAAAUCAAGAUCCAAAUCAAGGUCUUGGUCUAGAGAUCUGCAGCCCCGCUCACAUUCUUAUGAUAGAAGACGCAGGCACCGUUCCAGUAGUAGCUCUUCUUAUGGAUCUAGAAGAAAACGAAGUCGGAGUAGAUCGAGGGGCCGAGGAAAAUCCUAUAGAUCUCAGAGAUCAAGGUCAAAAAGUAGAACAAGAAGGUCAAGGUCAAGGCCUCGUCCUCGUUCCCAUAGUCGAAGUAGUGAAAGAUCUAGCCACAGAAGAACUCGUAGCCGAUCUCGUGAAAGAGACCGUCGUAAAGGCCGAGAAAAAGAGAAGAGAGAGAAGGAGAGAGAGAGAGGGAAGGAGAAGGAAUUACAUAGCUCCAAGCGCGGGGAUUCUGGAAACAUCAAAGCUGGAUUAGAACAUCUGCCACCUGCUGAACAAGCCAAAGCUAGACUACAACUGGUCCUUGAAGCUGCUGACCAAGCCACCCUAGGAGAACAAGUGAAACGAGUCAAAGAAAUUGAAGCGAUUGAAAGUGACUGCUUUGUUCAACAGACAUUCAGAUCAAGUAAAGAAGUCAGAAAGCCCGCUGACCCUGGCGAAGGAAAGCAGGAGCCAACAACACCAGGACCAGUGACUGCAGAGCCACCACACACUGAAAGAGAAAUCGACCCCGGCAGCAUUCCUACCGCCAUCAAGUACCAAGACGAUAAUUCUCUAGCACAUCCUAAUCUAUUUAUUGAGAAGGCUGAAGCCGAGGAGAAGUGGUUCAAGAGAUUAAUUGCUCUCCGGCAAGAACGCCUGAUGGGCAGUCCUGUCGCCUGACUAACACAGAAUUAAAUUAACAAUAAAAUUGGAAUUGAUUUCUUAAAAUGUAAAAUCUAGGGGGACACCAAAGUGAAAGUGACUGUGUGGGGUGUGUGUAUGUGUGUUUCUGUUAUCUGAUGAACUCAAUAAAAUGGCCGUUUUAACUCA